GUCCGCCCUCAAGAAAACGCCUCCGCCAUGGCCGUCAAGAUCCCCAUCGUCAAGAAGCGCACGAACAAGUUCAAGCGCCACCAGUCGGAUCGCUACCACUCGGUGAAGGAGGCAUGGAGGAAGCCUAAGGGUAUCGACAACAGGGUCCGGCGCCGCUUCAAGGGCCAGACGGCCAUGCCCAAGAUCGGUUACGGCAGCAACAAGAAGACCCGGCAUGUGCUCCCGAACGGCCUGAAGAAGUUCCUGGUCAGCAACACCCGGGAGGUGGACCUGCUCUUGAUGCACAACCAGAGCUACGCGGCCGAGAUCGCCCACAACGUCUCUUCCCGCAACCGGACUGCGAUCCUCGAGCGCGCGAAGGUGCUCGGCGUCAAGGUCACCAACUCGGCUGCCCGCCUCCGGUCAGAGGAGUAAAAUCGUCGCAUGCUCGUAUUUCUGCCGCGCUUUCCUCUCAUAUAUCAUCAUGUAUUGCAUAUGCCGGAGCAAUCCACCCAUGCGACUAUGCCACCAUCCGCAUCUUUUAGCAUGAACGCUGUGUGGCCCACUGGAUCUUCAUGUUCACAAACCCCCCAUUGACCGCGAGUUUCAAGCGUGUUUAAUUAUGAGGUGGUCCUUCGUGGGGUAGCCCAUGAGAGAUAGAAUAGACAUCAGGGUGUCGCGUAUAGUACCAUCUCUGAGCAUCAUUGUGGCCCUAUCGAUGGGCCAACUCUCGC